AUCAAUGAAGCCCGUAUAGUCGCUGAGUAGAAAAGAGACGGGGCUGGGCGACUGAAGUUGGGACAAUUUGCGGAGGUUUCUGUUGCCGGAUAGUCGACGACAACAAGGAUAUGUAUACAGCGAAUAUGCGCAGAAACCAGUUUUCUUGUCUUUUAGCGGAGUAAGGAGGAUAUCUAUCAACAUAUAUUCUACUUCUACGUGGAGUUUGGUGCAUUUCACCUGAAAUUAGUAGCUUUAGCAACAACUAACACCUACUGUCCAGUUGAGGAUGAUUUUUGCCAAUACUGGAAACCCGAUAAGGACUCCGCAUCGCAAACAGCAACCUGCCCUAUUGUCACAUCCCAUGGCUCCACCCAGCCCGAGCACCAACAGCAGCACCAACAACAGCAGCAGCAGUAGCACUGCAGGCUGGGAGCAGCUCAGCAAAACAAACCUCUACAUCCGAGGCCUGUCCCCUUCAACUACAGAUCAUGACCUGGUCAAGCUCUGUCAGCCGUAUGGCAAAAUUGUAUCAACAAAAGCUAUUUUGGACAAGACUACAAAUAAGUGCAAAGGAUAUGGCUUUGUUGACUUUGAUAGCCCCGCUGCAGCUCAGAAAGCUGUAGCUGCCUUGAAGACAAGUGGUGUCCAGGCUCAGAUGGCAAAGCAACAAGAACAAGACCCAACAAACUUGUACAUCUCGAACUUGCCUGUGUCUGUGGAUGAGCAGGAACUGGAGAACAUGUUAAAGCAUUUUGGCCAGGUCAUAUCAACUCGCAUCUUGAGGGACUCCAGUGGAGUCAGCAGAGGAGUGGGCUUUGCAAGGAUGGAGUCAACGGAAAAAUGUGAUGCAGUCAUUUCACACUUCAAUGGAAAGUUCAUUAAGACACCUCCAGGUGUACCAGCGCCAACUGAACCUUUGCUCUGCAAGUUUGCUGAUGGUGGACAGAAAAAGAGACAAAGCCAGAAUAAAUUUGGCCAGAAUGGUCGACACUGGGGAAGGGAUGGUGACUCUAGACUGGCUGGAAUGACACUCACGUAUGAUCCCAGUUCAGCUGCUAUGCAAAAUGGAUUUUUUCCAGCACCAUACAGUAUUUCAAACAGGAUGAUUACUCAAACUUCCAUGUCUCCCUACAUGUCUCCGCUUUCUACAUAUCAGAUGCAGAACCCAUCCUGGAUGCCUCAUCAGCCUUACAUCAUGCAGCACCCAGGUACAGUGAUAUCGCCCUCUAUCGACCCAUCUCUGUCACUGCAGCCUCCUUCCAUGAUGGCGCCUCUCACUCAGCAGAUGGGUCACCUCUCCUUGGGUAGUGCAGGAACGUUUAUGGCUCCAAAUACAGCUAUGCAAGGAGCAUAUAUCCCACAGUAUCCACAUCUGCCGGCAGCCACUGUUCCUGUGGAAGAAAACAGUGCACAGUCACAUGUGGACUCAUCCGGCAAUCAUUCCCCCUAUUCCUAUCAACAAACCAAGUAGUGCUGAGGUAACCUUUGGACAACAGCCCUCACAACAUUGUCUACAAACGCAGCGGACGCUAAGGAUCUUUCACUGUUUUGCUCAAAUGUUUAAAGUGAUACUAUUUCGGGUAUCAUUUUCAGAGCGUACACCUAAGUUCAUCAGAUGAUUCAAAGUUUAUUUAAAGAAGUUUUAUUUUCAUACUAGAACGUUUAUUUUUUACUAGGGGUGGCCACAGGACACAAGAAAGAAUCACGUGUCCAGUUGUGCAAAUAUGUUUUCUGUUCACUAUUUUCCUGAGGAUUUUUUUUUUUUUUUUUUU